GGGCGGCGGCGGUUCAUGGCGGCGACGGAGCUGAGGGGGAUGGUGGGGCCCGGGCCGGCAGCCAUUGCAGCUGCGGGCGGCGGCGGCACUGGUCCCCCGGUGGUGGGAGGCGGCGGCGGCGGUCGCGGAGACGCGGGGCCCGGUUCCGGGGCCGCGUCAGGGACGGUGGCCGCGGCGGCGGCGGGUGGCCCGGGCCCCGGGACCGGGGGAGUGGCGUCGGCGGGCCCGUCCCCCGCGCCGCCGGCUGGGGGCUCGGGUGGCUCGGGCUCGGCUCGAGAAGGCUGGCUCUUCAAAUGGACCAAUUAUAUCAAAGGCUACCAGCGGCGGUGGUUCGUGCUGAGCAACGGGCUCCUGAGCUACUACAGAUCAAAGGCAGAAAUGAGGCAUACCUGCCGUGGUACCAUCAACCUCGCCACAGCCAACAUCACUGUGGAGGACUCCUGCAAUUUCAUCAUUUCCAAUGGGGGUGCUCAGACCUACCACCUGAAGGCUAGCUCAGAAGUGGAGCGGCAGCGCUGGGUGACAGCCCUGGAGCUGGCCAAGGCCAAGGCUGUGAAGAUGCUGGCAGAAUCGGAUGAAUCAGGAGAUGAAGAAUCUGUCUCACAAACUGACAAGACUGAGCUGCAGAAUACCCUCCGGACCCUGUCCAGCAAAGUGGAGGACCUGAGCACGUGCAAUGACUUGAUAGCCAAGCACGGCACAGCUCUGCAGCGCUCCCUCAGUGAGCUGGAGUCCCUGAAACUGCCUGCUGAGAGCAAUGAAAAGAUCAAACAGGUCAACGAACGGGCCACACUCUUUAGGAUAACAUCCAAUGCCAUGAUUAACGCCUGCAGAGACUUCCUCAUGUUAGCCCAGACCCAUAGCAAAAAAUGGCAGAAAUCACUGCAGUAUGAAAGAGACCAGCGCAUCCGACUGGAAGAGACCCUUGAGCAGCUGGCGAAGCAGCACAACCACCUGGAGAGGGCGUUCCGAGGAGCCACGGUGCUGCCAGCAAACACUCCUGGCAAUGCAGGUUCUGCUAAAGAUCAGUGCUGCUCGGGCAAAGGAGACAUGAGUGAUGAGGAUGAGGAGAAUGAAUUUUUUGAUGCUCCUGAGAUCAUCACCAUGCCUGAAAACUUGGGCCACAAACGUACCGGCAGCAAUAUCAGUGGAGCCAGCAGCGACAUCAGCCUUGAUGAACAGUACAAGCAUCAGGUGGAGGAGACCAAGAAGGAAAAGAGAACCAGAAUACCAUACAAGCCGAACUAUAGCCUCAAUUUGUGGAGCAUCAUGAAGAACUGCAUUGGCAAAGAGCUCUCCAAGAUCCCCAUGCCGGUAAACUUUAAUGAGCCCUUGUCCAUGCUUCAGCGCCUUACCGAGGAUCUGGAAUACCAUGAGCUGUUAGACCGAGCUGCAAAAUGUGAGAACUCUCUAGAACAGCUCUGUUACGUUGCAGCUUUCACCGUGUCCUCCUACUCCACCACUGUCUUCCGUACCAGCAAACCAUUCAACUCGCUCCUUGGGGAGACCUUUGAGCUGGACCGAUUGGAGGAGAAUGGGUAUCGAUCCCUCUGUGAGCAGGUGAGUCAUCAUCCCCCUGCUGCUGCGCACCAUGCUGAGUCCAAAAAUGGCUGGACGUUGCGUCAAGAAAUCAAAAUCACCAGCAAGUUUCGAGGCAAAUACCUCUCCAUUAUGCCCCUCGGUACCAUUCACUGUAUUUUCCAUGCAACUGGGCACCACUACACUUGGAAAAAAGUUACCACGACAGUGCACAACAUUAUUGUUGGGAAAUUGUGGAUAGAUCAGUCUGGUGAAAUUGAUAUUGUGAAUCACAAGACAGGAGACAAGUGCAAUCUUAAAUUUGUUCCCUAUAGCUACUUCUCUCGGGAUGUAGCAAGAAAGGUGACAGGGGAAGUGGCAGAUCCAUCAGGAAAAGUUCACUUUGCACUUCUGGGGACAUGGGAUGAGAAAAUGGAUUGUUUCAAAGUACAGCCAGUCAUUGGGGACAACGGGGGUGAUGCUCGUCAGAGAGGCCACGAAGCAGAGGAAAGCAGGGUCAUGCUGUGGAAAAGGAACCCUUUACCGAAGAAUGCAGAAAACAUGUACUACUUCUCAGAGCUGGCGCUGACUCUCAAUGCCUGGGAAGGUGGCACUGCCCCAACAGACAGCCGGUUACGGCCUGACCAGAGACUGAUGGAAAAUGGGCGCUGGGAUGAAGCAAAUGCUGAGAAGCAGCGCCUGGAGGAAAAACAAAGACUUGCCAGAAGGAAGAGAGAAGCUGAAGCUAUGAAAGCCACAGAGGAUGGCACACCCUAUGAUCCCUAUAAGGCAUUAUGGUUUGAGCAGAAGAAGGACCCUGUUACCAAGGAGUUAACCCAUAUUUAUAGAGGAGGAUACUGGGAAUGUAAAGAAAAACAAGACUGGAGCUCAUGCCCGGACAUUUUCUGAGACGGCAGUAGCAAAUUGAAGGAGGACCCAAAGGAGAAGAGGACAGAGGAUGUGCGGGAAAGCUGGCAGUCGUGACUUUCUUACCGAGUGCUUUCCUCAAGUUUGUCUGUCUUAACCAAUCAUUUUUUCCAAAUCAAUCACCAGAAGCAGACGCCAGUGGUGGUGAUUGGCUGGUUGCCUUAGCUAAUUGAAACUGAAAUCGACAUACUAGAUACCGAUGUGUAUAAGGGAGAGGUUUAGUGGCUGAAAGGUAGUGUUAUUUCACAUCUGCGUAGUCAAGGAUUCUUGGCUCUUACUUCUCCCUCUGCCCCCAUGUAAGAGGGUGGCACCCACCCUCCCCUUGUAGUAUCCUGUUCAGCCAAAAUCUGCAUAAGAUUAUGAUUCAGGGGCAUUUUGGUGCUGUUAGAGCAAGAGCUGAUUUUAGAAGUUCCUUUAAAAAAAACAAAAAACAAAAAACACACAUGAGACCCACCAACGGAGGCAUUGUGAAUGGUUGCAGUGGAGCUUAGGUAUAAUGAUAUGAAAUGAGUUUACAAAUGGGGCAGGUGUAAUGGGGUGCCCGUGCAUAGGUAACUGAGGUAUUGGAAUACCAACGAGAGGGAUUUUCCUCUAGGAUCGGAACAUUCAGAGUUACAUUCUUGGAAGUUUCUGUCUUCGCUUGCAUAAAACACCCUUCUGCUGUUCUCCAUCUUCUUUGACAACUGGAGGCCACUUGGGUGGUUUGUCGAAGGGUUUUGCUAUCCUCAUGAAGGGGUUUUACGGACUUCCCCAGGCAGAGAACUUCUGAGACCACAAGGCAGGAUGGAUAAAGACUGCUAGCCACUUCUGCUUUCACAGUUCCUCCUCACCCCCACCCUUCAUUGCCUUCCUAGCUUCUCUUCUUUCUUCUGGCACAGUACCAGUUUGAGUCUGUGCCCAGUGUGGAGCGGAACAUCGCCUGUCCCGUUCUGAUACACUUCAGAGUUUGAGAGAAGGUCUUAAUCUGGAAUAAAAGUUUUCACCGUCUCUGAA